AUGCUGGGCCACCCCACCCUUCUGGUGCUCCUGGCACUGCUCACCCUGGCCCAGCAGCACAGCCCCAGGGUCCAGGGCGCUGCCCUCGCCCUCCCUGCAUCCCCACACGGGGCCCUGCAGGGACACUGGACCCCCACUGCCCCCCCUGCCCCCCCCAAAGUGGGUGAGUGCCCGGCGGGGGCGAGCGGAGCCCCCUGGCCCCCCAGCCUGUACUGCCUCUCCGACCAUGGCUGCCCUGGUGCUGAGAAGUGCUGCCAGAGCGGGAAGGUCUGGACCUGCCUCCUGCCCACCACAGAGAGCCCAGGAUACUGCCCCCGUGCUGGGAGUGCCAUCGGGCCCAGCUGUGGGACAAGAUGUCACAACGACACCUCAUGCCAGUCAGGGGAGAAGUGCUGCCCCCGCGGCUGCUGCACCCGCUGCGUGCUGGCUGAGCCAGCCAAACCUGGGCUCUGCCCACGGAAGCGUGCCCAGAGCAGAGCUGCUGCCUGCCCCAACCGCUGCACCGAUGACCGGGACUGCCCUGGGGAGCACAAGUGCUGCUUCUCUGGCUGUGGGCUGGCCUGCACCCCUCCAGACACAGGGAGCCACCAUGCCACAGCAAAGCCUGGUGUGUGCCCCAUGGUGCUGCGGGGCUCCUUGGGGCCCUGCCUGGAGCUGUGUGACACUGACAGUGACUGCACUGGGGACAGCAAGUGCUGCACCACUGGCUGUGGCCACAUCUGCAAACCACCCACCAAGGGUAAGCCACCAGCACCCUGUGGGGAUGAGACCCCUGUUCUCUCUCCACAUGCAUGGCCAGGUCUCUGUUCCCCUGCAGCAGAGGGUGAUCAGGCAGCCAAGUGCCUCCUCCUGUGCCUGCAGGACAAGGACUGUGAUGGCACCAGCAGUGACUCCAAUGCUUCUGGUCAUGGUCCCUGGCACCCCCAGCUGGGACAUUAA